GGCGGGCCCCGCCCCUCUUAAAGGGGCCGCCGCCCUCCGAACUCGUCCCGGAGCCAUUUGGUGGGGAUGGACGGGCCGCCGCCGCCCCCUCCUCCUCAGCCGCCGGCCUUCCCCUGCCCCGGAGCCCCCCGGAUCCCGCAGGGAGGCCUCCCGCAGCCCGGCCUCCUCCCCCCCGGGGCCGGGCCCGCCGCCCCGCCGCCCGCCUUCGAGGCCUUCCCUAGACCUCAGGCGGCGGAGACAGGUCCUGCCCGCGCCGGGCCUGCCAACGGAGGAGGAGCCCUCCCGGGGACGCAGGCGGCGGAGGACGGGCCCGCCCGGGCCGGGCUCCCGACGGAGAGGCCGCCCCCGUGCAGCCCCAACAGCGGAGCCGCCCUCCCCCGAACUCAGGCGGCGGCGGCGGCGGCGGCGGCGGCGCGGCCGGUCGGAAGGAGCCGGCAGGAGCCGGCCGGCCGGAAAAGCAGACCCCUGUGCGGGGAAACGGAGGCCGGGGGACGCCAGGACCGGCCCGGCCUGCACGACGACGACGACGACGACGAGGAUGAAGAGGAGGAGGAGGGCGGCAGGGGCGCCCGGCCGUUCCGCCUCCAGGACAGCCGCAGCCUGGACGGGCUGAGCGGGGCGGCGGGGGGCGGCGGGCCGGAGCCGGGAGCCGGCGGCGGGGGGCGGCGGGCCACCAUCUCCAGCGCCCUGGAGCUGGAAGGGACGGUCAGCCACCACGGCGACCUGACGCACUUCGUGGCCAACAACCUGCAGCAGAAGAUCCGGCUCAGCGCGUCCCCGCAGCCCCCUCCGGUUGCCCCCCCGGGCCCCCCGGCCAUCCCGCCCAUCGACCCGGAGGUGCUGCGGGACCUGGAGCGGCUGAGCCGGGAGGUCGGGGGUCGGGUGGACCGCCUGCUAAGGGGCCUGGGCGGGGCGGUGCAGGAGCUGACGGCGCUCAGCGUGGGCUGCAUCCAGACCUACCGCGACGCCGUGGACUCGCUGGGCGAGGCCGUGGACAUGAGCAUCAAGGGGAUGUACACGCUGCUGGCGCGCUGCGAGGAGCUGGACCGCUCGCUGCAGCCCGUCCAGGCCCUGGCGAGACAGGUCCGCGACAUCCGCCGCACGCUGGAGGUCCUCGAGGGGCUCUGCAAGUGACCCCCCCGCCCCGACCCCCUUGGGAAACCAUCCCACUGGGGGGGGGGGGUGUCCCACGGGGGAUGAGGACCCCUCCCCACCGAAGGACCGGCCGGGACGGGGGUGGAGGCUGGGAGCCGGACUCCCGGGUCCUUACCCACCAGCGGAGGGAGCUGGACGUCAUUCCGGGCCUCCAGGCCUCCAGGCCUCCCUCCCGCCCUCGGACCCCUCCCCGGAAUCCGGCCUGGGACGUCGGACCAGCGGGCGUGGAGUUCUUCUCACCUCGAUCCGCCUCGGUUUGGGGCCGUCGGAGUUGGGUGGAAUUAAAAGGCUGCUGCUAAAGG